AUGUUUGCAUCAUAUUAUAUGGUAGUGAUCGCUUUGCCGUUGUAUAUCGCGCAAACUACGGUAUCGAAUGAAGGAAGUUUGCCGAUACAGGCCGGAAUAGGAAAUGACAGGAGAACAACGACUGUGGCUAAUGACAGUAAGGAAAAAGAAAAAUGGUUCAAAUGUGAGGAAUGCGAUAAGCAUUUCGGACGUGCAGGCACUCUGAAACGCCACAUGAGGACACACACCGGUGAGAGAAACUAUAUGUGUAAGACAUGCGAUAAACAAUUCCGAUACGCAAGCAAUCUGAAAUGCCAUAUGACGUUGCAUACUGGUGAAAAGAAUUACAUGUGUAAGCUAUGCGAUAAGCGAUUCGGACGUUCAAGCAUUCUGAAGCGCCAUAUGAGGAUGCACACCGGUGAAAGAAAUUACACAUGUAAGAUAUGUGAUAGGCAAUUUAGGCAAGCAAACCAUCUGAAAUUUCAUAUGAGGGUACAUACCAGUGAAAGAAAUUACGUAUGUAAUGUAUGCAGUAAAACAUUCAAUCAGCAAAAAACAUUCAAUCAGCACAAAUUGGAGCACGAAAACGUACGAUUCAAAUGUAAACAAUGCGGUAAGAAUUUCACUCGAAAGUUUAGUUUUGUAAAACAUAUGAAAAUGCAUGACAAUUCGGGUGAAAAGCUGUAUUCGACAGCGAACUCCUUAAUUGCAUCGAUAGCAGAAGAUAUCAUUGACACGGAAAUAUUAAUAAUGGAAAUUCUUGAAUUCACAGGUAUAUAA